GGUACGGAACUCAUCCAUGUUUAUAUAUAAACCUACUCUCACUAUAUAUUCUGACACUUGCGAGCUAGGUAGUGCCAACAACUGCUAAUAAUCUCCGAUCUGCUUGCGAUAAACAUGGAGCCCCAUCGAAGCAAACCCAUCUCAAAUUCUUGUUUUCUUUUCUUUUUACUUCUAUUCGCGUAUUCCAGAUCACUCACAGCUCAAGAAGUCGAGGAUGAAAGAGAGUUUGAUUAUCUUCGGGAGGGUGGAAAGGGGCCAAAGCAUUGGGGAGAGAUUAAGGAAGAAUGGGCGGCGUGUAACAACGGGAGCAUGCAAUCUCCAAUAGAUUUAUCAAAUCACAGGGUUACAUUAUUCCCAAACUUAGGGAAGCUCAAGACCAACUACAGACCUCGUAAUGCAACUAUCAAGAACAGAGGCCAUGAUAUUUCGGUUGAAUGGGUGGGCGACGCUGGAACAAUUAAGAUAAAUGGUACUGAGUAUCCGCUAAAACAAUGUCACUGGCAUGCCCCAGCGGAGCAUUCCAUCAACGGCAGAAUAUAUGACAUGGAGCUCCACUUGGUUCAUCUAAGCCCCGAUCCCAACGUAGCAAACAAGAUCGCUGUCACUGCAGUUCUCUACAAGUUUGGUCGUGCAGAUUCUUUCCUUUCUACGUUGAUGAAGGACGUAGAAUCGAUGAUUGAUCAAAAGGAAGAGAGAAGCAUGGGCAUUAUUGAUCCUAGAGAAAUCAAAAUUCGUGGGGAAUCCUAUUACAGAUACAUGGGUUCACUCACUGUUCCUCCUUGCACUGAAGGCGUUAUUUGGACCAUCAAUAAAAAGAUACAUACAGUCUCAAGGGAUCAAGUAAAUCUAUUUCGAUUGGCUGUGCAUGACUAUGCGGAGGCGAAUGCAAGGCCAGUGCAACCACACAACCUUCGAGAUAUCAAGGUCUAUCACAAAAGCGCAAGGAGCACAAAUAAGUAUUGAUCAUAUCUGGGGAUGAUAAUUUUCCCUGCGAAUUUGGGUAUUCGCGGGAAUUUGACCUUAAUAGGUUGGUAAAAUGGUGACGGCGUCUUCAAUUGGAAUAUGUUAUAUUUUCUAUAUUUUGUGGGCAUAAAAUAUUAGUGAACACUUUUUAUGUUUUUUAUUUUUUUUUUAUUUUUUUCUCAAAGAGUUGAAUUUUA